AUGAGCCCGCUUGACAUAAAGUGGAUCAACAGUAUCUGUGGUUCUUGUGUGUCCUGUGAGACCGAUGACCAGAGGUCGUGUGCAAGUGCUCAGUUUUCUGGUUACACCAGAGACGGGACCUUUCAGCAGUACGUCGUCUGUAAGGAAUUCUGCGCCGUUCGAAUUCCUCCAGAAGCACCUUUAGACAAGAUUGCUCCGAUUCUUUGCGCGGGGGUAACUGUCUAUCGCGCUCUUCUAGAGACCGGCGCCCAGCAGGGUCAUAUUGUUGCCAUUGCUGGUGCGGGUGGAGGGCUCGGGACCCUGGCUUGUCAAUAUGCGAAGGCGAUGGGUUUUCGAGUACUUGCAAUAUCAAGCGGAGCUGAGAAGAGAAUGCAUUGUGAGAAAUUGGGCGUUGAUUAUUUUGUGGACUAUAAAAGCUCCAAGGAUCUCACCCGUGACAUUGAGAGGCUUACCAACGGAGGGCCUCACGCUGUGGUAGUUGUAUCAUCAGAUGAUCGUCCCAUCUCACAGGCUAUUGAGUACAUCAGAUCUCGGGGAACAAUUGUGUUAGUUGGUUUGCCGCCAGGGGCAGUCAUUAAAGCCGAUCUCUUCUCGGUCGUUUUCCGCAUGAUCACUAUCAAAGGAUCUUAUGUUGGCACCAGAGAGGAUACCGAGGAAGCACUGAGAUUCUUCCUUCGUAAAAACCUCGCGAUGCAAUGCCAGAUCAUGGAACUUGAAGAAUUACCCCAAGUCUAUGACAUGAUGGAGAAAGGCGACUCAAAUCUGACCCUGCUUGAUCAAAUGUUGAAGAACCCAAGCCUACACUUGGUUGGGUGCUGCAAUGAGUUGAAUGCUGGCUACGCUGCAGAUGGAUACGCGCGGAGUUCCCCCACCAAAGUUGCAGUUGUAGUAGUCACCUUUACAGUUGGGAGUCUAUCGCUGCUUAAUGCAAUUGCAGGUGCCUAUUCUGAGCGACUUAGGAUCAUCAUUAUCUCAGGCUGUCCAAGCUCAAAAUUGCUGACAGAGGAGAGUCUCCUCCACCAUACGACAGGUGGAGUGAACAGGGAUCAAGCACUGCGUGUAUUCCAAGAGUUCACAGCUACCUCAAUCCGUCUGGAUUCCAGUGAACAUGCCGCACUCCGCCUAGAUGAAGCUAUUUCUCAGUGCAUUCACAAAUCACUGCCAGUCUACAUUGAGAUUCCCACGGAUCUAGUGGGAGUUGUGGGCAAUGCAGCAACUCCUUUACAAAUUUCACGGCCUCUAAAAUUAAUUCAAUCAGGGGCCAUCGAUGAAAUUGUAUCCCCAUUGAUUACCGUCUGGAAUGCAGCGCACCGGCCGAUCUUGAUCAUUGGUGCUCUGGCACGCUUCUUCCUCUCGACUGAAGCUCUGAUAGCACUUGCUGAUAAGCUGGGUUGCGCCGUUUUCUGCCAGCCAGAUGCCAAAUCAACGCUACCAGAGUCACACCCUCAAUUUGUGGGCACAUUUUGGGCCACUGCUUCCAGGUCCGAAUGUAGAGACAUUGUGAUGGACGCUGACCUCUGGGUGGUAGUUGGAGGGCGUUGGUCUGAUAUGCACACGCUUGGGGGACUGGAUAUCCGAGAUGAGCGCCGACGCAUGAUUGAUAUCCAGGAAGCAUCUAUACAAAUGCCUAAUGGUCGAUUGAUUCAAGAAAUAUGCCUAGCUGAGGUUCUUGACGCUUUUCUGCGCUCCUCAAUUCCUCCAAAAAGAGAAACACUCAUUUCAUUCGAUUGGAAAUCUCGUCAACAGACUAGAGUCAACAGUCCUGUACUUGGCGAAGCACUCACCGUGCGUGGGAUCAUGGAUGUUAUCCAACAGCUGAUUACAAGCAACGAUACCUUAAUAGCUGAUGCUGGGGAUGCUUGGUUCAAUGCCACCAAUAUUUUGCUCCCAAUGGGGGCGAACUUUCAAAUUCAGCUAUUAUAUGCGUCAUUAGGAUGGAGCCUACCUGCUGCACUUGGCUGCCAACUAGCUUGCCCAGAUGGGCGAACAAUUCUCAUGAUUGGUGAUGGCGCCUUUCAAAUGACCGCUCAAGAGCUAAGUACUGCCAUACGAAGUAGAGCAAACAUGAUAGUCUUUAUCUUCAACAAUCUGGGUUAUCAGAUAGAGUCUGCGAUUCAUGAUGGGCCCUAUAAUUACAUCGCCAAUUGGAACUAUGCCAAGUUCGCUUCCGCCAUGUGUGCACCUAAGCAUACAAGAACAUGUAACAACCCAUUCGCAUCUAAAAUGGACAAAGAUCUGGGUCUCAAUCCGGCAUUUUUCUCGAUGCAGAUCAAAACACAAGCCGAUCUGCUAUUAGCAUUAGAUCGGAUCAAUUGUGAGCCAUGGAAACUAGCCCUCUUGGAGUGUUGCAUUCAGCCCGACGAUGUCAGUGUUGGUCUUCGGCAGCUUGCAGGUGCACUCUCUGAAGCAGCCAAAAAGUGA